AUACUAGCGCAGCUGAUGGCCGCAGAAGGAGGAGGAAGACUGUUGCAUUUUUUGGUUUGACGGUUUUUAUGUCUUCGAAAGGAUACCAAAUGGCAGCGGCGGUUCCUAUCCAAUCGAAUACAACCGAAUUGUAAGAUUCUCUUCCCGAGCGCACGGACGGACCCUAAAAUGGAGGCUGCCGAAGGUGUGAGUAGCGCCACGCCCACUGAUGAGCUGAAUGGAGCUGGCAACUUGAUGGACUUCCUGGAGGAGCCUUUCCCUGACGUGGCCACUUAUGAAGACUUCCACACCAUUGACUGGCUAAGGGAGAAGUCAAGAGAUACUGACCGCCACCGCAAGAUUACAAGCAAGAGUAAGGAGUCCAUUUGGGACCUGACCAAGAGCCUCCUAGAUGCCUGGUCAGGAUGGGUGGUGAUGCUGCUCAUUGGACUUCUCUCAGGUACGUUGGCCGGAGUCAUUGACCUGGCGGUGGACUGGAUGACGGACCUGAAGGAGGGUGUGUGUCUGUCCGCCUUCUGGUACAGCCACGAGCAGUGCUGCUGGACAUCCAACGAGACAACUUUUGACGACCGUGACAAAUGUCCGCAGUGGCAGAAGUGGGCCGAGUUGAUGACAGGCCAUUCUGAGGGAGCGGGAGCAUAUGUGUUAAACUACUUGCUCUACGUCCUGUGGGCGCUUUCGUUCUCCUUCCUGGCUGUGUCACUGGUGCGAGUCUUUGCGCCGUACGCUUGCGGCUCAGGAAUCCCGGAGAUCAAGACCAUCCUCAGUGGCUUCAUCAUCCGUGGUUACCUGGGAAAAUGGACGCUGCUCAUUAAGACGGUCACGCUGGUUCUGGCCGUUUCGUCGGGCCUCAGCCUGGGGAAGGAGGGUCCUCUGGUCCAUGUUGCGUGCUGCUGCGGGAACCUCUUCUGCAGCCUCUUCUCUAAGUACAGCAAGAAUGAAGGCAAACGGCGAGAGGUGUUAUCAGCUGCAGCGGCGGCCGGCGUGUCGGUGGCUUUUGGUGCACCCAUCGGAGGGGUUCUUUUCAGCCUGGAAGAGGUCAGCUACUACUUCCCCCUCAAGACUUUAUGGCGUUCCUUCUUUGCCGCAUUAGUUGCAGCUUUCACGCUGCGCUCAAUCAACCCGUUUGGCAACAGCCGCCUGGUGCUGUUUUACGUGGAGUACCACACGCCGUGGUACAUGGCCGAGCUGGUGCCCUUCAUCCUGUUAGGCGUCUUUGGCGGCCUUUGGGGGACCCUCUUCAUUCGUGCCAACAUCGCCUGGUGUCGACGGAGGAAGACGACACAGCUGGGGAAGUAUCCGGUUCUAGAGGUCAUCGCAGUGACGGCUAUCACUGCUGUGCUGGCCUAUCCCAACCCCUACACCCGGCGCAGCACCAGCGAGCUCAUCUCUGAGCUCUUCAACGAUUGUGGAGCACUGGAGUCGUCACAGCUCUGCGACUACAUCAACAACCCCAAUAUGAGUCGACCUGUGGACGAUAUACCAGACCGCCCAGCUGGCCCUGGCGUUUACAACGCUCUGUGGCAGCUGGCGCUCGCUCUCGUCUUCAAAAUUGUCAUCACCAUCUUCACCUUCGGCAUGAAGAUCCCGUCAGGCCUCUUCAUUCCCAGCAUGGCAGUGGGCGCCAUCGCAGGGCGAAUUGUGGGCAUCGCAGUGGAGCAGAUGGCAUACCACCAUCACGACUGGAUCAUCUUCAAAAACUGGUGCCGGCCUGGUGCUGACUGCGUCACACCUGGACUCUACGCCAUGGUGGGAGCUGCCGCCUGUCUAGGCGGUGUGACCAGGAUGACUGUGUCUUUGGUGGUCAUCAUGUUUGAGCUGACCGGUGGUCUCGAAUAUAUCGUUCCGCUAAUGGCGGCCGCUGUCACCAGUAAGUGGGUGGCGGACGCCUUCGGGAAAGAAGGCAUCUACGAGUCGCACAUCCAGCUCAACGGUUACCCGUACCUGGAUGUCAGGGAUGAGUUCACGCACCGCACACUGGCCGCCGACGUGAUGCGGCCGCGUCGGAAUGACCCACCUCUGGCCGUCCUCACGCAGGACACCACCACUGUGGAGGACGUGGAAAUGUUGAUCAAAGACACUGAUUAUAACGGGUUCCCGGUGGUUGUGUCCCGAGAUUCUGAGAGGCUCAUUGGCUUUGUGCAGCGCAGAGACCUCACGCUUGCCAUCAAAAAUGCCCGUCAAAAACAAGAUGGAGUGGUGAGCAGCUCAGUGGUGUACUUUACCGAGGAUGUGCCGCAGCUGCCGGCCAGCACACCGCAACCCUUGAAGCUGCGCCGUAUCCUUAACCUGAGCCCCUUCACCGUCACUGACCACACGCCCAUGGAAACGGUAGUGGACAUAUUCCGCAAGCUGGGCCUCCGCCAGUGUCUGGUCACACGCAGCGGGCGUCUACUCGGCAUCAUCACCAAGAAGGACGUUCUGCGUCACAUAGCGCAAAUGAUGAACCAGGAUCCUGAGUCCAUCAUGUUCAAUUAGCCUCUUUACAUUCUGAGAAAGCCAUUUGUGGACAGGCCAGCCUCAAAUUGUGCGCUAAUCCAUGUACGCGUUUUGACUGUCCACCCUCGACACUCAACAUGGUCCACGUGGCGUGAGUCAUUUUUGGGACAAGCUUGUACUGUGAAUGCUGUCGUACCUUGACUUACAAGUGCACCAACUUGUGAGUUUUGUUCACUGCUAUCUGUCACUGUUUUGGGGCUUGUAUUAUUUUCACCUUUGUUUUUCUUAUUUUAGUGUACGGUACGUAUAAACUUCAGAUAGGCCACCACUAGAUGGCGGCAGCAAAUGCCACAACAUCCACCCAGCCAAGCAUGAUUUGAUAUCCUGCGAUGCCUUGAGAUAUGAGUGACAUGACUUGUGAGUUUUGUUUUCAGUUCUAUUCUAGAGCAACAGUUUGGCAGAUAGAAAAACAUCUUCAGCAUUUUAACGCUACUUCCAGUUGAAAUGUAAUGACAAAUUAAACAAAACUAAAAUAAUUUUUUGUAUUUAAAAUUAAUGGUAGAUUAAUGCGAACACAUAAUGAAAAACGCCAUAGACGGGCUCACAAAUAACAUUUAUGUUGUUGCGUUAUAACGCUUCAAGCAACGGUUGUUUGAACACAAACAGUGCAGCAACACAUAAAAAGACAAUAGAAGACAGGCAUAUCUUCUUAAUUCUUUGCGACACAUACCCGAACGAGUCGCAGUGAAUUACUAAACUCGUAUGUAAAGGCACCAGUGUACAAGUAAACUGAGUUACGAGCUCAAUCACGAAUCACUCGUAAGUUAGGGUACCACUUUAUCUGUGCACGUGUCUUUUUAAGGCUCAAAGGAAUUGUUGGUUAGAGAGACUCUUAACUGAUCAUUAUACUUGUUUUAACUGAUUAUUUUAAUACUUGUCACAAAGUACACUGGACACCCAAAAACUGCACGCGUGCCGCUUUCCUAAGCUAUCAACUGUAGGAUUUCAUUGGUGUGAAGGUUAAAAACAAAGGGAACAGAACAGUUUGCCAGGAGUUAACAGAGGGCAUUUUUAAAGUCCUGUGUCAUGCUUUUGUUGUGGUGAGAAAGAACCUAACAUGAGUCAGCUGCUCCCUUCUGGCACACUGAAUUCCUCAUUUGUAAAUGUUGAUUGAAACAUCUGGUUUUGAAAUGACAAAAGAAUUUAUGUAAUGUAUGUGUAUUUAUAUGAUUUCAUGUGUUUAGUUGGAGACACCUGAAUUAAUUUAAACGGUUUAUCAGACAUUUGCACUUUGGUUCGAACAUGUAAUGCAGUUCCAGAAAAUAAAAUGUUGAGUUGAAUAUGCUAA